AUGACAUGGGGAGAGCUACAGUUCCCAGCGCCGGCUGAGGAGUGGCGCGGCCACCAGAUCAGGUGCAUCACAGCAGCAGGUGAUGGCAGCAAGCAGAUCCAGAUCGUAUUGGUGCAUGGACCGCUGGGAGGAAAUCCAGGAUUUGGCGGCUCCAUCGAAUAUUGGCGCCGCCUCUUUCCAGUGCUGUCGGAAGAGGGAUACACGGUCCAUGCCUUCGACCUCUUGGGGUUAGGACUCUCCGAAAAACCCCCGAUGGAGUACAGCAUCGAACUCUGGGCUGAACAGGUGAAGGAUUUCUUGACGAAGUUGGGCACAGAAAAUGUCGCUUGGCCGCGUGAAGCAGGAUUGGUUGAACGGGCCCUGUUUUUUUUUUUGGGAAGAUCUUUAGCCAUGUCAUGGGUUGGCUCAGUUUGCAGUCCCUCUCGCAGCACGAAGCUGGCAGACUAUGCUGCAUCAGUGGCCCGGACAAACAAACGCAGUAUGGCUGGUGGCGCUGGCGCUGGUGGCUUGCUUUUCCCAAUGCAUGUGGUUGCCGUUGACCUCAUGCUUCGUUUCUCAGAUGUGCGGCCUCACGAAGAGUUGCUGGCCGAAGGCCUGUUGACCAUGUUCGUUGAGGCCAUGGGGCAAGCCAUUUUUGUGUCGCAUCAGUGGCUGUCGGCCAAACAUCCAGAUCCAAAGGGACUUCAGUUCAGAGUGCUGCAAGAUGCACUGAGGAACAUUUUGUCUGGGGCGAGCAAGAUAUCCAUUGAUGUCAGCACAGAGAUCUUCUUUGGCCGUCCCGCGAUCAAUUCCGCAGCGAAGAUGAGGAGCACGCCUCUCUUCGUUUGGUAUGACUACUUCAGCUGUCCACAACACCCAGAGUCAAAGAAGCUCAGAGAAGAUGCCAUCCAGUCCAUCCCAGAGUACAUCGCAAAAUGCGAGCACUUCAUGGUACUCACCCCUCCGUUGAAUCAUGUCGAGCAGGCUGAGAUGCUUAGCCGAUAUAGUUGGUCCGAGAGAGGGUGGUGCCGGGCUGAGCGGAUGGCCAGAGAGCUCUCCUCUGAGGGGCUGGUGAUUUUGGUGCAAAAUUCCACCCAGCAGACGCUCCUACCUCAAUAUGAGAGUGUCCUGUACUCUCCGGGCAAGGGGCAUUUUACAGUGGAGAGCGACCGAGAGAAGAUCGCGGUCGUCACCCAAAAGAUGGUCCUGAAGAAACUGAUGGGUUAUUUGGAGCAAGGAGAUCUCCACAACUAUCGUUUCUUCUUGAACCAACAACCCAUCCGCCUGGACAGCCUUCCGGCAGAGCCGUUGAAUAACUUGGUCCCCGAUUUUCGGACAGAGAUCGAUCCGGCGGUGGAUCCCAAGGGCUUCGCUUUAGCGACAUUUAUGCAUCAAAAUGGUUUCUUGAGCAUCACAGAGUACGACAAGGGUGGCUGGUCUCCCCUGUGCUUUGCGGCCAUGAAUGGGGACCCUGUUCUUGUCUCGGCUUUGUUGGAGAAGAAAGCCUCUCCGAACGAUGCCACGAAGAAAUCCAAAAUCCUGGCUCAUAUGCCCAACCAGAUGACGGUGCUGUGCCUAGCCACGUGCUUCCGCAACAAUGAGGCGCUCUCCAUUCUGCUCGAAGCCAGGGCCGAGGUGAAUGGCCGCGACGCGCGAGGGGACGGGGCCCUACACUGGGCGUGUGUCAGUGACAACGCUGAGGGCGUCAGGAUUCUGCUAGAAGCUGGACAUGAUCCCUUCAUGUUGGCAGGGCCUGGUGCCAGUCCAUGGGCUACAGCCUGCAGCACAGGUUCCAUUCGCGCAGCAAAAGAGCUGCUGUACCGAGUGAAGGGCCUGGAGUUAAGGCAUAGCUUCUUCUGGUGCCUCAUGUUUCAUGGAGGGUCCAAGGCCAUGGUCAACACACUGAUCGAUGCGGGAGCCGAUAUCGACGAGCGCUACUACACGGAUUUCACCAACCCAGCCAUGUUGCUGGUGUUGAGGAUGUAUAGUCUUAAACAUUACUGGAGCCCCUCGAGGUUGACUUUGUUGGCGCAUCAUCACUUCGGUGCGACUCCUUUGAUGUUUAGCGUCAUGAAUGGUCACUUUGAAGCCGCGAUCGUCUUGGUCAAAGCAGGUGCUCGCUUGGACCUUCGCAAUGCCCGUGGCAAAACGGCCUGCGAUUUGGCCACAGACAUGCAAGCACCUUCGGAUCUUGUGGUACUAGUGGGGAACUCCUUUGGCAGCCUGAUCUCCCUUCUGGCUGCUAGCGAGCAGCGGCCCAAAGGGAUUGUUAUGCUGAAUUGUGCCGUGGGGAUGAACAACAAGAAUAUGGUGAAGUCGCCCAAGAUGAACAACCUGCAGAGGUUUUUCGCCAAACUGGCCUUGGGCCUCGUGGACCUCAUUUUCAGGUCUCCGAUCUUGGAUGCAGCCUUCAAAUCCUUCGCAAACAAAGAACAGGUCUCUGCACUGCUGAAGAAUCUGUAUCCCACGAAUCCUGCAGCAGUGGAUGAUGAGCUGGCUGAAGGCUUUGUCCAACCCUCCCAAACACCUGGAGCGUUGGAUGUGCUGCGGCAGAUCUACACUGGAAAUCCUGGACCGACGCCCAUGGAGAUUCUGGCUGGGGGCCGUAUGGCGGAUCUGCCUAUGAAGGUGAUUUGGGGAGAUCAGGAUACAUUGACUCCGAUCAAAGGAGAUGUGGGCAGUUUCCUCACAGAACAGGCCAAGGAGCGAAGUUCCAUUGACUUUGAAAUCAUCUCAGCGGGACACCUGCCGCAUGAUGAGAAUCCCGAGGCUGUGAACAAGGCAGUUCUCGCAUGGCUCGCCAAAGAGCCAUGGAGGUCCAGCUGA